AAUGUUACGGCGAAAGUUGUGCAGAAUCUAAUGGGAGGUAUCAAGAGGAAAGUCCGAGCGUUCUUCAGAAAUGCAAAGUAAAUGUCCAAACUCUCGUUAAUUCGGCCACAUGAAUGUUGAUUGUAAUAAAUAAAAAAUAAACUUUUGAAUUUGUUCGAAAAUGAAUAUUUUCUAUUGAAAAACAGGUGUCCACUUUCUUUAAUGAACAGUCAGUCCUUAGCAAAUGAACAAGUAGGAUUCAUGUGCCGACAACCCCCUUCGUUGCGGCAACGUUGCCGAUUGUAGUCAUACCCAUGGUUCGUCGGUGACAAUCGUUUGAGUGAAGCAAUGGAGAUUGUCACUGAUCAUGAGUUGGCAAAAACUAGAUGAUUGAUCAAGCACCAUAGUUAUCUACUCCAUAACGUGAAUAUUGUUACUAAAUCUCUUGUUUGAAUUCCCCUAAUGGUAAAAUAUAUUAUACUUAUAAAAUGAGAUAUUUCUAACAUAGCAUAUUUACAGUUAUAAAUCUAACAGUAAUCUACUGGAAGUGUACUUGAAUAACAUUUCUAAACAGAUCGUUGUCGGUAAGAUUCAGUAGUGCAGAUUCAUGUAUGGAAAUAAUGAACUAUGUUGAAUUAUAGAAACGGGAAUUAAUUCGGGAAGAUCACGUCGUCGUCCUUCAGUACGUUGAUUUGAGUCACCAAAUUUGUAAGUAGCGUAAUUGUAGCAUCUUGAAAAAAUGUGUUAAAAUAAAUUUAUUGAUUCUAGCUUAAAGCACACAGAAAUCAAACAGUGUUGCUAAAUAGAGUGGUGACAAAUUCCACAUUCUUUAAGAAAUUUGUGGUAACUAGGAUGGAUAAUCGUGUACCCCAGCCCCUCACGACCCCUCGGAACUGCCAAUCCUGUGACCGGCCCGAUGCAGCAGAGAGCGAAAUGGUCCAGUGCGGUGUCUGCCGACGGUGGGAGCACUUCGGAUGCGCUGGAGUUGGCGGUGAGGUGAAACAACCGAACGUCAGGUAUGUCUGUAAGCAGUGUUCGGCCAAGCAGGGAACGUCCGGCGGAGGUGCCCUUCUCGCUCCGGGCGAGGAAAAGCGUAAAUCUAAAGGUUCGAAGGCGAGUUCUAAAGCGCAUUCGAAAAAAGGUAAAGUGGUUCCUGACCCGCCGAAAAGUGUGAGCUCCAGCGUUCGGGCAAAGUUAUUGGAGGAAGAAUUGAAGCUGGUUGAGGAAGAACAGCGCUUGAUGGAGAUGGAGCUUCAGGAGCAGGAGGAGAUCAAGAAGCGACAGUUACUUGAAGAAGAGCGUAAGCUUGCGGAAAGACGUCGCCUUGCAGAGGAGGAAAGUUUCCUCCGUGACCGGAAGCUGCAGGAGGAGCUGGAAAUGAAACGGAAGCAGAUGCAGGUUCGCAAGGAGUCCUUGGAGAAACGUCAAGCCAUCAUCCGACAUGCAGCGUCGAUGAGCAGCAGAAGCGGUUCAAUUCCGGAUUCAAACGACAAGGUAAACAAGUGGCUAAGUUCGCAGAAGAAUGUUGGAGGAUUGCAAGGACCACCGGAGGGCGACGACAACGACGAAAUACAGUCUGUCGAUCAGGACCCACUGGGUGCACCAGUCAACCCAACAUCUCAGAUUCCCGAUCUCAGCGCGCUUUCAAUUUCGCCGAAUUCUCCGCGAUUCUUGCAUGCAGCAGCUCCAGAGAUGCGAAAUGGUUCCGAUCCAGCGACUACACAUAAUCCGCAUACACUCUCACAAGUUCAAAUUGCCGCGCGGCAGGUUCUUGGUAAGGAUCUUCCUACAUUCGGAGGAAAUCCUGAGGAUUGGCCGAUUUUUAUCACCAACUUCGAACAGUCCACUGCCACCUGUGGCUAUUCGGAUGCGGAGAAUCUGGUCCGCCUGCAGCGGUGUUUGAAGGGUAACGCCUUGGAGUCGGUACGCAGCCGGCUGCUGCUACCAGCAAGUGUGCCGCACGUCAUCAAGACCCUGCGCAUACUUUAUGGAAGACCAGAGCUUCUUAUCCGGUCGCUACUAAACAAGAUUCAGCAAGUGCCUGCGCCCAGACAUGAUCGACUGGAGACGCUGAUCCAGUUUGGACUCUCGGUACAGAAUCUGGUGGAUCACCUGAAGGCCGCCGAGCAGUUGAAUCAUCUUUCAAACCCGGCAUUGAUGCAGGAGCUCGUGGAAAAGCUGCCUGGAUCCCUGCGAUUGGAUUGGGCCAUCUACAAGAACAAGAACCAACUAGCAACGUUGGAAACUUUUGCGGAUUUCAUGUCGGGAUUAGUGACGGCAGCGAGCGAAGUGUCAUUCGAGCUUCCGACACUGGGAGCUACAUCGAGAGGCGAUAAGCGUAAAUCCAGAGACAUCGGGAUCGUUUAUACCCAUGCUACUGAACGAAACCCUGCAGCUUCUGGCGGGCCAUCCGUCGGCACCAGCGCUAGGAAUAGCAAGCCCUGCGUAGCGUGCGGCCGGACUGGGCAUCGAGUUGCAGAAUGUCACCAGUUCAAGAGUGCGACAGUGGACGAACGCUGGAAACUCGUUCAGCAGGAGGGGCUGUGUCGCACAUGCCUGAACAGCCACGGCAAGUGGCCGUGCCGCUCUUGGAAUGGGUGUGGCAUUGAAGGGUGUCGCCAAAGGCACAAUACUCUUCUCCACACCUCCUCUCCGUUGCCCGAAAAUGUAGGAAUGUCUGCGAGCCACGUGUCGUCAGAGGAUUGCAAGUGGCCGCUCUUCCGCAUCGUUCCAGUCGUUCUCUUCAGCGACGGUUUCUCUAAAACAAUUUUCGCCUUCAUCGAUGAGGGUUCUUCCUACACUCUACUGGAGGAGUCCGUUGCGAAGCAGCUUGGGGCCAAUGGUCAGCUAGAACCACUAACCCUUCAGUGGACCGGGAACGUGAAGCGAAAAGAACCCACAUCACAGCGCGUACAGCUUGAGAUCUGCGGCAAAGGUAGUACCGCCCGGCAUAAGUUGAUUGAUGCUCGCACGAUUUGGCGAAACGAUUUCCUCACCUGCGAGGGUCUUCCGCUAGAAGACUACGAGCUCGUCCAACCCAAGUUGUUGAUAGGGCUGGACAAUCUACGGUUGUGUGUUCCGUUGAAGCUGCGUGAAGGGGGACCAAGAGAUCCAAUCGGUGCAAAGUGUAGGCUGGGUUGGAGCAUCUAUGGCUGCAUUCCUGGUCAACCAUUUCGUACGGCCAUCGUUAGCUUCCAUGUCGGUGCAGUUUCGGACGCUGAUCGCGAGCUAAACGAGCAGCUUCGUGAUUAUUUCACCUUGGAGAAUGUGGGCGUAUCGGGGACAAGUAGUAUUCCGGAAUCCGAGGAAGAGAAGCGAGCCCAAAAGCUCCUGACGGAUACGACACGACGGGUGCCGGUCGGAUCCGGCUAUGAAACCGGACUGUUGUGGAGAACCGAUAACCCCAGUUUUCCUGACAGCUACCCCAUGGCCGUACGUCGUUUGGAAGCGCUGGAGCGGAAACUUGUCAGCAAACCGGAGCUGGAGCGUCGUGUGCGAGAACAAAUCGUGGAAUAUGUGCAUAAGGGGUACGCGCACAAAGCUAGUCUAUCCGAAUUGACUUCAGUCGAUGCAGAACGGGUGUGGUACCUACCCCUAGGAGCUGUUACUACCCCGAGGAAGCCUGGGAAAGUACGUCUUAUCUGGGAUGCUGCGGCGAAGGUGGGCAACGUGUCCUUCAACUCCAAGUUACUCAAGGGUCCCGACUUGCUAACGCCUCUUCCGAAGGUUCUUAGCCAGUUUCGCCAAUUCCCCAUCGCCGUUUGUGGGGACAUAAUGGAGAUGUUCCAUCAAAUAAGGAUACGCACUCCCGACAACCAGUCCCAACGAUUCCUAUUCCGCAACAGCCCAGCGGAUCACCCUGAUGUGUACGUGAUGGACGUCGCAACAUUUGGCUCCACGUGCUCUCCGGCCUCUGCACAGUACAUAAAGAACCUCAACGCCGAGGAACAUUCUGGGGAGUAUCCGCGAGCAGCAGCUGCAGUCAUGAACAAACACUAUGUGGACGACUACUUGGAUAGCUUUGAGACCGUCCAGGAAGCGAUUUCGGUAGUCAACGAGGUGAAGCUUGUGCAUUCCAAGGGUGGAUUUACACUGCGGCACUUCUCAUCCAACGAAGCGAAAGUUCUGGAGGGAAUCGGAGCAAGUUCGGACUGCGAGCCAAAAAGUUUGGACUUGGAGCGAGGAGAGAAGUCAGAAUCAGUGCUGGGCAUGCAGUGGAUUCCUCACGAAGAUGUGUUUGUGUACGCUUUAGGCCUGCGAGAAGACCUGCAGUACAUACUCGCCGAAAACCACGUUCCCACCAAACGUGAAAUUGCAAGAGUGGUGAUGAGCUUGUUCGAUCCCCUCGGGUUCAUCUCGUUUUUUCUCGUGCACGGUAAAAUCUUGCUGCAGGAUGUGUGGGCGAAAGGAACGGAGUGGGAUCAACAGAUUCCCGACGACAUUACAGGCCGGUGGCAGCGAUGGUCGAGUCUCUUUAAUCAACUGGUCCAAAUUCGCAUUCCUCGGUGCUAUUUUCCCGCGCCCUUUCCACCAAGUCUUGACAGGCUUCAGCUUCACCUGUUCGUCGAUGCUAGCGAGUCGGCAUACGCCUCUGUUGCGUAUUUCCGAUUAGAAACUGAAAGCGGCGUACAAGUGGCACUUGUCGGCGCAAAGACCAAAGUAGCUCCCGUGAAAACAAUCUCGAUCCCUAGACUCGAACUGAAGGCGGCCAUCCUAGGAGUACGCCUGCUGGAGACCAUACAGAACCAGCACGAGUUUUCAAUUCAUCGUCGAUAUUGCUGGACCGAUUCUGGAACAGUCCUUGCGUGGAUUCGCUCCAAGGAUCACAGGCGUUUCCACAAAUUCGUCGCUGUCCGUGUCGGCGAAAUCCUAAGUUCAACGGAGCAAACUGAAUGGAAAUGGGUGCCGACGAAGCUUAACGUAGCCGACUUAGCUACCAAGUGGGGUGCCGGACCACACUUAGCAAUGGAUAGUCCUUGGUUUCAAGGACCAAACUUUCUUCGCGAUACCGAAGAUAGCUGGCCGAAACAACGGCAGAUUACGCCAACGUCAGAAGAACUGCGGACUGUCCACUUUAACUUCGCUCACUUCGAUCCAAUCUUUGAUUUUUCUCGCUUCAAUUCAUGGGCAAAACUACACCGCUCAGUGGCCUACACACUACGGUUUCCUGACAACGUCAAGCGGAAGAAGAGUGGUUAUACUCUAGAGCUCGGAGUACUAACUAGUGCCGAACUGCAGCGCGCCGAAGAACUUCUCUGGAAAACCGCACAAACCGAAGCAUACCCUAAUGAAGUUGCAACUCUUAUGAAAUCGCACGGUCCCCCCGAACUCCGUCACAACGUAGUAGAGAAGUCCAGCGGUAUCUACACCAAGUGGCCAUACAUUGAUGAGAGAGGAGUCUUGCGCAGUCGUGGCCGAAUCGGAGCCGCACCGUACACACCGUUGGAAGCAAAAUAUCCAGUAAUUCUACCAAAACAGCACAUAAUCACGUUUCUGAUUGUCGAUUGGUACCAUCGUCGAUUUCGUCACGCCAAUCGAGAGACAAUCGUGAAUGAAAUUCGCCAACGCUUUGACAUCCCGACAUUGAGACGACUGGUCGAUCAAGUUGCGAAGAACUGCGCAUGGUGUCGCAUUGCAAAGGCGGCCCCAAAACCACCAGCGAUGGCACCGCUCCCAGAAAUACGGUUGACUGCCUUCGUUCAACCGUUCGCGUCCACCGGGCUAGACUACUUCGGCCCAGUUCUGGUCAAGGUAGGCCGAAGCAAUGUUAAACGUUGGGUGGCACUGUUUACCUGCCUGACCACCAGGGCUAUUCACUUGGAAGUGGUGUACUCUUUGAGCACAGAGUCCUGUAUCAUGGCGGUACAACGUUUCGUCUCUCGUCGUGGUCUUCCGAGAGAAUUCUGGACCGACAAUGCCACGUGUUUCCAAGGAACAAGUAACGAACUACAGAGACUCUCCGAGACAACGAGGAAGGCCAUGGUAGAGAAGUUUACAACACCGCAGACAGUGUGGAAGUUCAUCCCUCCUGCAACGCCGCACAUGGGUGGGGUGUGGGAGAGACUCGUUCGAUCAGUCAAGGUGGCAAUCGGAGCGAUAAUAGAAGGACCACGUAGACCGGACGAAGAAACGCUGGAAACGAUUCUGCUAGAAGUGGAAGCAAUGAUUAACUCCAGACCGCUAACCUACGUUCCGCUCGAAUCUGCAGACGAUGAGGCUCUGACGCCCAAUCAUUUUCUGCUGGGUAACUCGUCUGGUUCCAAAUUCCUUCCUUUAGAAGCAGUAGAUUGUCGCUCAACACUUCGAAGCAGCUGGAAGCUAGCCAGAUACAUUACCCACGAAUUCUGGAACCGAUGGCUAAAAGAGUACCUUCCUGUCAUCACGCGAAGAUGCAAAUGGUUUCAGGACGUGAAGGACAUCGAGGUUGGAGACUUAGUAUUUGUCGUCAACGGGAAGCUGAAAAACCAGUGGGUUCGAGGACGAGUCACGGAAGUCUACGCUGGGCGAGAUGGUAGAGUACGACAGGCGUUAGUGCAAACGUCUACGGGGGUCAUCCGAAGAGCAGUCGUCAAUCUAGCUGUACUGGAUGUCUUGGACAAGGGUAAACCUAGAUCAGAUACGCCUAGAGUUCCGGAUCCACAACUAGGUUUACGGGGAGGGUACGAGAAGUACGACACAAGUACGAUACACAAUUACGACAAGCACGACACAAGUACGACAAGUGCGACACAGGAUGACAAAUUCGACACAAGUACGACACAAGUACGACACAAGUACGACUCAAGUAAGACACGAGUACGACAAGUACGACAUAAUUACGACAAGUACGACACAAUUACGACAAGUACGACUCAAGUAAGACAAGUACGACAAGUACGACACAAGUACGACAAGUACGACACGAGUACGACACGAGUACGACACAAGUACGACACAAGUGUGGCUCCAUGGUCGUGUGGCUAG